AGCACGUUCCUCCGUUUUGACAAGCAUUUGGAAUGUCAAGAUCCAGGCGGACGGACGACCGCAGGGAUACGGCAGCGGAAUGUACAUCGUUCAAUCCCGGCUGGUAACGAGCAUGUCUCCUUUCUUCUGUUCAUUUACCGGUGCUGCUGCUUCUGCGACCGCUCGGAUUCGAGGAAAACGAUGGCAUCACAGCAAUCAUCCAACGCUGACUCCCCGAGCCUGAUUCCGCUUCUCUCUACGAUAGAAGAUGGAAAGGCUGCCCAAGCCUCCUCCAUCAAUGUCAACUAAUGACCCGGCACGUCUAUUGGCCAUUGAGCUCCCCGGCAGUCAGCUGGACUUUCAUGAUGAUGCAUCUCAGCCCAACUGCCCAGAGAUCCUACCAAGUCCCAUCUGGCAACUCGCGCCCAAGAAGAAGUAUGUGUAUAUCUGGCAAUGCUGUGGAUGCGGUCAUUCAGGAAUAAAUAUAAUGGUCACGGCGUGUUCUGCCUGCGGGGCUGCGAGGUGCGCGUACUGCCGAACAACGAAGGUUCAAGUGCGGUAGGCUGGUUGGAUUGGAUAGACAACGUGGUUUACUGUGGUUG